CAGCCCAGAGCAGGGGCUGUCCCAGGGGGUCUCUCCUGCUCUUCCGGGGGUCUCAUCAGUGCUGGCAUGGGAGGAGAUGCCAGCCCAGAGCAGGGGCUGUCCCUGGGGAUCUUUGCUGCUGUCCCAGGGGGUUUCUCCUGCUCUUCCAGGGGUCUCUCCUGCUCUGUCAGUGCUGGGAUGGGAGGAGAUACUGACCCAGAGCAGGGGCUUUUCCUGGGGGUCUUUCCUGCAGUUCCAGGGAGUUUCUCCUGCUGUUCCAGGGGCUGGAUCUGCUCCAAUGCUGCUGGGAUGGGGUUUGCUGCCAGCCCAGAGCUCAGGCUGUCCCAAGGGGUCUCUCCUGCUGUUCUGGGGGGUCUCUUGUGCUCCGUCAGUGCUGGAAUGGGAGGAGAUACUGACCCAGAGCAGGGGGUGUCCUGGGGGUCUCUCCUGCUGUUCCAGGGGUUGUGGCUGCUCUGUCGGUGCUGGGAUGGGAUUUGCAGGGAGGAGCUGCAAGUUCCUCCCCAAAUCCCAGCACCCCAUCGCAGCCCAGUGCCCGGGCUCUGCUGCCACUGGGGUUUUUUUGGGAUGCUGGGGCCGAGCCAGGGCAGCUGCUGUGCUGACUGUGGCCUCUCCUGGCACAUCCAAUGGCCCUGUCCCCGUUCUGGGGCUAUUUCCAGCUCACAAACACCCAGGUCAGGGCACGACGUGACCUUUGGGCCACUCCAGUCCUGGAUGGGGCCCUGGACGGGGCCAGGGCAGAUCCCUUUGUACCUGGCACAGCCAUCAGGGCAAUGCUCUGUCCCAGGGGAUCCUGAGGGUCCCGACAGCUGCUCCUGGGGCUCCUCCUGCAUCCGGCAGCGCUGGGGCCGGAGCAGGGACAGGCCGGGCUGUGGCUGUGUCCAAACAGCCGCAUUUGUCAUUAACCACAGGACAAAGCCAGGGAAAUGCUGCUGGCCCCAGCUCAGCUCACAGCAGGGGCUGCACAGGAGAGUCCCACGGGGCUGUGACGUGUCCCACAGGGCUGUCAUGUCCUGGAGUCUGGUACAUCCUGGGGGUCCCACAGGGCUCUGACACAUGUCCUGAGGGUCCCACAGGGCUCUGACACAUCCUGGGGGUCCCACGGGGCUCUGACACAUCCUGAGGGUCCCACGAGGCUCUGGACAUGGAAGGUCCCACAGCUCUGUCAUAUCCUGGGAGUCCUGUGGACCUCCAGCAUAUUCCAGAACUUCCACUGGGCUCCACCACACCCUGAGGGUCCCCCAGGGCUCCACCACACCCUGAUUGUCCCCUGCUGUCC